CAUCAAAUCCACGCCACGAGCUCUCCAUGGCGACAAGAUCUCGUCGACGGCGGGUUCGUCUAGAUUACUCGGCGACUACUCGUUUUCCUCCGGGCUCCUCGAUUUCGCGUGCUUCUUCCACCGAUGUGGUCCGCUGCGGCGUCUGCUUGUUGCCAGACCUCUGUGGAAAAGGCGCUACGGCUUGGGAGUAUUGGACCCUUUCUGGACAAAGAUCUGGCUGCAAUGGCAAGACAAGAAGCCACUACAAUUGAGUGUGCUGGAUUUCUCACCGAAGACAUCAUCGAGGAGAUACUUAUCAGACUCCCUGCGAGCAGUUUACUUCGGUUCCGCAGCGUAUCCAAGCAAUGGCGCAAUCUACUCAGCAGCCCAAACUUCAUCAUGGCAAACUUGCAGCAUGCAUCGCAACGCCUCCUCCUCUUUUCUGAUAGAGAUUUAUCCACGCCUCUUCGUAUUCAGUCAAACAUCUUUGAUGAAGCAUGGUCCCCAUCAUCAUCUGGUUAUUCGGCCGAUGGCCUUUUUGCGUCCUGCAAUGGCCUGCUCUGUUUCAACGAGGAAUCCUCACUGAAGAUCUGCAACCCCAUGACAGGUCACUCUCUGCACAUUGUAAAACCAGCGAGGACAUCGGAUAGUCAAUUCCGCUGUGAAUAUGCCUUCGGGUUUCACCCCAAAACUAACAAAUACAAGAUUAUACAUUUUAUGCACGAGUUCCAUGGCCAAGGACGUCCCUGCCGGGUGGAUUCGAUACAGGUGUACACCCUUGGUGAAGAGGAGUGGAGAGAGAUAAGAGUUCCAAGCGCUCCUUUCUUGCUGUCAUUAGGAGUUGUCAAUGUGGAUGGAGCUAUGCACUGGAUAACAGGGCCAAAUGGCGGAUGUUCAGAUAUCGCGGUGAUGUCAUUUGAUCUCAACGAAGAGGUGUUCACAUCAGUUCGUCCUCCGACACUGCAGCAAGAAAAGAAGGCCCGCUAUUGCACGUGCGAUUACUCUAUGACAGAGAUAGAUGGAAAGGUAUGCUUUGUGAUCACGUUAACACAUUCCCGUCUGCAAAGCCCAGAGCAGUACAAUGCUCCUGGGGAGUUCAAUAUCUGGAUGCUCGACUGCCACAGCAAGCAGAAGUGGUUGCCCAUGUACACCAUCAUAUGGCCACCUGGAUUCUGGUCUACUGUUCGCCCGCCGGUUUUCAUCCACGGGAGGAAGGUGCUGCUGCAAGACAUUGGUGGCCAACUGUGGUCCUACGAUGUUACAGCCAAUAACUGUCAGCUUCAGAUAAGCUCUCAGAGGAUGGUGGCAAGCCACCGUCGCCCCAGAGAUGUGCAUUCCUAUUUCUACAAGGAGUCUCUUGUAGCAUUGGAUGGGUUGGCCGGUCGACGCGCAUUGCUGAGUAAAUCUAUACUACUAAUGUAAGGGUCUCAAGCUCUGGUGCCUGCUCAUGUGGCAAUGGUGACAAGAAUGAUCGUUAGUGUUGGCGUCCUUCAAUAUUGAUACAUUGGCUUAAUCCCUGAACUAA